GUUGGUUCUGGCUCAAAGAAGAAAAAAAAAAAAAACACGUCCUGCCUGCUCUUCUCUUCUGGUCUCUCCCCUCCCCCCCUUGUCUCUCCUCUCUCUCUGUCUCUGUAUCAAACAGGCUUCAAAUUAACCAUGGCUAGUAUUGGAUGGGACGCUGGGCGCAUUCACACCGCUCAGGUGCUGCCUCCACAACAGGACGAAGAGCAGGCCACUAUGGACAGAGUGCAGGAGAUGUUCUAUGCCUUCAUCCAACAGUUUCACAUCAAUGGCGUCUACAUUUACCGUGAUCAGUUGCGUCAAAAUAUUAUGCUCAAACGCAAUCUGCUGGAGGUGGAUAUGGGUGAUUUGAUCUCUUUUAACCAAGAACUGGCUCAUAAUCUCUCUCAGAGACCUGCAGACUUUUUGCCUUUGUUUGAAAGUGCUGUCAAGCAGCAUGCCAAGAGAAUUUUGUAUACCAAUGCAGCCAUUGAUGUGGAGAUGGACGACUUCCAAGUAACUCUUCAUUCAAGCGCCAACCUGAUCAAGAUUCGUCACCUUAAUGCCAAUAGCAUUUCCAAAUUGAUUCGUAUUUCGGGCAUCAUUAUUGCUGCAUCGCCUCUGACGUCCAAGGCCACAGCUCUGCAGAUCCGAUGCAAAUCCUGUUCAAAAACGAAGCGCAUCCCUAUUCAAGCUGGAUUUUCAGGAAUCAGCAUGCCUCGCACUUGUGACCUAAAUAUGGACGCAGAAGCCAACCCAUCAGGAUGCGGUUUGGAUCCAUAUGUCGUUGACCAUGACAAGUCAAAGUGUGUAGACCAGCAGGUCUUGAAGCUACAGGAAGCACCCGAUGAUGUGCCAGUUGGAGAGUUGCCUCGUCAUGUCUUGUUGAGUGCUGAUAGAGAGUUGACAAACCGUGUUGUCCCUGGAUCCAGAGCUACUAUCAUGGGUAUCUACUCUGUUUUCCAAAACAAGUCCGGCAAAGGAAAUGCUAUUGCUAUUCGCACACCAUAUAUCCGCGUUGUUGGAAUCAGAACAGAUACAGAUGCCACGGGUCGCAGAAGAACUUUCACAGACGAAGAGGAGGAAGAAUUCAUUGCCAUGUCUCGUGAGCCUGGUCUCUAUCAAAAAUUUGCCAACAGUAUCGCACCAUCUAUCUUUGGCAAUCAUGAUAUUAAGAAGGCUAUCUCGUGCUUACUCUUUGGCGGAUCAAAAAAUGUGUUACCGGAUGGAAUGAAACUUCGUGGAGACAUCAACGUUCUACUGCUCGGAGAUCCAGGUACAGCAAAAUCACAGCUGCUCAAGUUCGUAGAGAAAGUCGCACCCAUUGCUGUUUAUACUUCGGGAAAGGGUUCCUCGGCCGCUGGUUUGACAGCAUCUGUAGUCCGUGAGCCCUCAACACGCGAGUUCUAUCUUGAAGGAGGCGCCAUGGUGCUUGCUGAUGGAGGAGUGGUCUGUAUUGAUGAGUUUGACAAAAUGAGAGAUGAGGACAGAGUUGCGAUUCACGAAGCUAUGGAGCAACAGACCAUCUCUAUUGCCAAGGCCGGUAUUACUACUAUUCUCAACUCUAGGACAUCAGUGCUGGCAGCAGCCAAUCCCGUUUUUGGACGAUAUGACGAUAUGCGCUCCGCAGGCGAAAACAUUGAUUUCCAGACAACUAUCUUAUCUAGAUUCGAUAUGAUUUUCAUUUUGAAGGAUGAGCAUAAUGAGAGCAGAGAUAUGACCAUUGCGCGACAUGUUAUGAAUGUUCAUAUGGAUCGACCCAGCGAAACCGCGGCAAGUGAGAUCAGCAUUGAGAAGAUGAAGAACUAUAUUAGCUACUGCAAGCUCAAAUCUGCACCACGUCUUACAAAACAAGCAUCUGAGAAGCUCAGUAGUCAUUUUGUGGGUAUUCGCUCAACUGUGGGACAUAUGCAGGAUAUGGAGGGCAUUAGGACAUCAAUCCCCAUCACAGUCCGCCAGCUUGAGGCUAUCAUUCGUAUCUCGGAAUCGUUGGCCAAGAUGACAUUGUCUCCUCGUGCCACAGAGGAGCAUGUUGACGAAGCAAUCCGUCUUUUCAAAUUUUCGACCAUGGACGCCGUCAAUGCUGGAACCAUGGAUGGACAGAGCCGUCAACAGGGAGCACAAGAAGUGCGUCAAGUGGAAGAUGCAAUCCGCCGUCGUGUGGCUAUCGGAUCUCAGAUCCCUACAGCCAUCCUCAUCCGUGAGUUGGAAUCACAAGGAUUCAAUACACGCAAUAUCGAGCGAGCCAUCUUUAUGCUGGAACGACAGGAAACAUUGCAAUACACCAACAUGCGCAAGAGUUUGCGUCGUCAGCGCAUGUAGAUAUGAUCUUAUAGCAAACACAUUCAAACAAAC